AAGGAGCUGCAUUUUCUUUGGUUUGUUCAUUGUAUACAUUUUUAUUUUAUUUGCUUAAUUUUGUUAAAAUUCAAUUUUGGUGACCAUUUUGUUUUCAAUCAACUUGUACCGAAUACCUCUUUGUCGGGUAAAGGAGGUUAUACCAUUAUUUAAAUUUGAUUUUACCAAGAGUAUCAUCGUUGAGAGUAUUAAAAGAAACAACAGCAACAGUGGUGGUGAUUGUGGAAGCGUGUUAACAAGCAGCAGCAGCAACUAUUCCAGAAAGAAAGGCAGUAAAAAAAAGAAGAUGCCUAUGCCCUCCAAAAGUAGGAUUUACUGUGAUGUCAAUACUCACCGGCCAAGGGAUUAUUGGGACUACGAAAGCCAUGUAAUUGAAUGGCAAAAUCAAGAUGAUUACCAAUUAGUUAGAAAAUUAGGGAGAGGUAAAUAUUCCGAAGUAUUUGAAGGAGUAAAUAUCACCAAUAACGAGAAAUGUGUCAUUAAAAUAUUGAAGCCUGUCAAAAAGAAGAAGAUAAAGCGAGAGAUUAAAAUUUUGGAAAAUCUUAAAGGUGGGCCAAAUAUAAUCACCCUUCAGGCUGUAGUUAAAGAUCAAGUGUCUCGGACACCUGCAUUGAUUUUUGAAUAUGUUAACAAUACGGAUUUCAAGCAACUUUACCAAACAUUAACUGACUUCGAUAUAAGAUUCUAUCUUUACGAGUUAUUAAGAGCAUUGGAUUAUAGUCAUAGUAUGGGAAUUAUGCAUAGAGAUGUGAAACCUCACAAUGUAAUGAUUGAUCAUGAAAAUCGUAAAUUACGCUUGAUUGAUUGGGGUUUGGCUGAAUUUUACCACCCUGGACAAGAGUACAACGUUAGGGUAGCCUCAAGAUACUUUAAAGGCCCAGAACUCCUUGUUGAUUAUCAGAUGUAUGAUUAUUCAUUGGAUAUGUGGAGUCUUGGUUGUAUGUUAGCUUCAAUGAUUUUCCGUAAAGAACCUUUCUUCCAUGGACAUGAUAAUUAUGAUCAACUUGUUCGUAUUGCCAAAGUACUGGGUACUGAAGAGCUCUAUGAAUAUUUGGAAAAAUACCAAAUUGAAUUGGAUCCUCGCUUCAAUGAUAUCCUAGGAAGACAUUCAAGAAAAAGGUGGGAAAGAUUUAUUCACGGAGAGAAUAGUCAUUUGGUUAGCGCGGAAGCCCUCGAUUUCCUGGAUAAACUUCUUCGUUAUGAUCAUCAAGAGCGACUUUCAGCAUUAGAAGCCAUGGAUCAUCCGUAUUUUUUCCCUGUUAAAGAAGCUCAUGUUCGAGCACGACACCUCCAAGAGACUGGACAACCCCGAUUUGCAGCCACUCUUCAACAGACUCAACCAGGAUCAACGCUGUCUCAACCUCUUCAACAAUCAAGACAAACAUCGGAGUCAUUGGUAUCAGCUGAUCCACUUCCAUAAUUUUCAUUAUUAUUAAUAUUAUUAUUAUUGAUACCUUUAAUCAACUACAGUAAUGGUCAGGGUUAAGUUAACAAAAAAAGGGUCAGACUCAAGUUAAUUUUUAGGUUUCGCCAUCUCGAGCAUAUUAAGUUUGUAGAGAUAAAAAACAAUGCGUUAGAAAACUGAACAAAAUAAGUUCAAUUCUAUUGAUACUUUUAUUCAUUGUUAGACUAUAAAAAAAUCUCCGAUUCUGUUAACUUAAACAUUUAGGUAGCAAGGGAUAGACGCACCUUGAAAGCUGUUGCUGGCCGGUCCACACAAGCAAAAAGUUAACUUAACCAUGACCACUACUGUUCCAAGUGUCCAUCAUGUUAAUUGGAGAAUCAAUCGAUUUAACCUUUUUUUGUCUUAAUUGUAUUAAGCCUACCUUUAUUUAAAGCUUCACCAAGAAACAAUUGUGAGAGUGGGAUCGAGUGAAAGACAAAUAACAAGAUGAAUGGAAGAGCAAUAACAGAGUGAAAGAAACGAAUGAAGAAAAAAAUAUUGUAAAUUAGCCCCAUCAUCACUGUAAACGGAACCCAAAAUAUUAAAACAAAAACACAACACAACACAA